UGUCUGGUUAGUGGUUAUGGUUUGGCAGUUCAUAGGAAAUAUAGAAGAAACAGAGUUGAACACAACACCAGUAACAGUCUGUGCUCAGCUCUCGAGGGAAGAUUCAACAGAUUGAGGUGUUUACAGAAUGACUGCAGGUUAAAACUGCCUGAACUGAUCUCAGUUCUCACACUUCUCCAUUAUGACUGACAUUGUGUCACUAAAUAACAGCAUUUAAACACUCAGAUCAGAUCAGAGGAAGUGAAUGACCACAGGAAGAGCUGAUAGUAUUUAAAGAAAGAGUUGUGAGCAUAUAAUGAAGACGAAGACUGACAGAAAGAGAAAAUGGCUGAUAAGUGUCAUUUGUGUCUGCUGGGACUGAUCAUUCUCUCUUCACUUCUCACAGGUACCAGUGGAGUGAAUGAUGAUCAUGUGUUCAUCAGUUCUGGUGAAAAUGUCCGUCUGCCCUGUAAUAAUCAUCUUCAUGACUGCAACUCAACUACAUGGAUCUAUGACAACAGAUUCAGUCAUUCAGCAUGGUUUGAACUGAUUGGUUUAGGGAUAAAGAAGGAAACAGAGAGACAUGAGAGACUGAGUCUGGGGUCUGACUGCUCUCUGAACAUCACAAACAUCAUAAAAGAAGAUUAUGGACUUUACACCUGCAGACAAUUUGUGAAUAGACAACAACAAGGAACUGAUGCACGUGUUUAUUUGCAUGUUCUUCAUGUCUCUUCAUCAUCCUCACAGACUGAGAUCAGUGCAGGCAGCUUUGUGACUCUCUACUGUCAGUUGUUUUCAUUUGCUGGAGUCUCUUGUGAUGAUUGGAUCCGUUAUGAGGGAAUUCAGCUGUUCUGGGUGAAUCAGGCUGGUGUUAAACUGACAAAAUCAGACUCCAGAUAUCAGGAAUCAGCUCCAGGACACUGUAUCAUCACUGUGACUACAACACUCCUGAAUGAAGAUGACAACAGAGAGUGGAGAUGUGAAGUUACUCACAGAAAUCAAGUCAAGACCUCAGUCACAUAUACUGUCAAGAGUUCAGCUCAAGAUAAAACAAUGACAGCAGUGAUUCCAGUCCACAUCACAGACUCUCAGGAUCACGUAACUAAAGAGAUUUUGAUUAUUCUUGAGACUGCAGCAUUUGCUGCUCCUACUGUGAUUCUUCUUCAGAUCAUCUGUGCAAGAAGAGCUGGAAGGAAAAAUUCAAAGCACCCAGAGGAAAUAUGA